AUCAAACUUUACAUAACAACUCCUAUCUCCUGAUUUUGAAAUGAACCAAAUCUAUAUUAUUGUAGCAAUAAAGGCGUCCAAUUUGCUAUUUCCGCAACUAAGGACCGUCUUGUUUUCCACAAGGAGGGAAACAACAGAACCCUCCAAGGUUUCCAUUGAUACGAUCAUGCGAACCUCUAGGGUUUUGACCAAGAAAAAUGUCGCUGAUACUAAAGCUGUGUCGAGCUAUUGGGGCGUGGCUCCAUCGUCACUCAUCAAGGGCAUUGGAUCUGCUUUGAAAUGGAACUAUUUUCAAGUAAAUCCAAAAUGGAAAUCGGAGAUGUCAACGUUGAAACUAGCAGAAAGCAAUCUUGUGUAUGGGAGUAUUUUAACAAACCGAACUCAAACUCAUCCAAAGCUGCAAGCACCACAUGUAAUCACUUCAAGAAAAGCUAUAUGUAUGGACCAACCGACCAGGUUCUUCGAUAAAUCUUUUGAAAUGGUGUGUUGAAAGAUAUCGAAGAGCUUGAACAAGGGUUUAUUUGGGAAAAGAGCUUACAAAUUUUUUUUUUUUUUUGAUUUGUUUGGACAAUUUCUAAUGUAACAAUUCUUUGUGUAUAUGUUAUUUUUAAUGUAUUUUAAUAGCUAGUUAUUCGUUUUA